AGUUCUGCACGCCAUUAUGGCUCAGUAACUUGACACGCCGGUAUCGCCAGGGAGUAACGGUAGCGGUCUCCUCUGAUCCCUCAAUUGUCUCAGUUUGUUGACGUUUGCAUGAGUACAGCAGUAGUUAGGUCUGCUGCGGGUCUGCCUGUUGUUCAGGUUGGUCGUCUGACACCAAGUAAAGCUGACAAGCUAGCUGCCUUAGAUGGAUUUUUGAGUAAAAAAGAUGAUCGCCUCACUCUCAAGAGGAAGUGUGCUGGACGAGGUUUUUCAUGUGGGUUUUAACGAGCAACAGCUGGCAGCUUAUGUUUCCUGGGUGAAUGCUCAGCUGAGGAGAAAACCAGACCUGAAGCCAAUCACAGACCUCAGGCAUGAUCUUCAGGAUGGGGUAGUGCUGACACAACUAAUAGAGAUAGUUGCUGGAGAGGUACUGGAGGGAGUGUAUGUGGCUCCACAAAACAAAGAGCAAAGCAGGAAGAAUGUGGAGGAAGUCUUGCAGUUCAUUUCCUCUAGACACAUACGGAUGCCACAUAUAUCCGCAAGAGACAUUGUUGAUGGCAAUCUGAAAUCUGUAAUGAGGGUUAUUCUGGCAUUGGCAGCCCAUUUCAAGCCCUCAGCCAAUCACAGGACUGCCCUGGGAAGUGGGAGGAGCUUGACGAGAAGCAGUGCUAGCCAAAAAGCUCUAUCCACUGUUGCACUUGCUCAAGGCGCCGCUGUUGCACUGGCAUCCGCUCGACUUGAUGCUUCACUGCCUGCACGUACAGCAAGAAUCCACAGUGGCUGGAGCUUGGAGGAGGAAAAGAGUGUGUGUGUUCGGGCACUGGUAAAGCAGUAUGAAAGGGGAUCUCCAGAAGAGCAGGACAAUCCUCAGCCAAACAGCCUCAGCUCCGUCAGCCCUCUGUCCUCACCAAGAGCUCCAGCGAGCAGCCACUCAGACGGACAGCAGGAGAGCAGGGUGGAGUCAUCUCAAGCUGUAGUGCAGACGACGUGGGAGGAUUCUCUCACUGAAACUUUGGAGAAGGAGGUGCAGGAAACGCGUAAAAUGGUGUCUGCUUUACAGGCUCUGCUGCUGAGUGGUUCACUGCCCGGGGAUGAGCAGGACGUGUCCUUAACUCUGGAACAAGGCAACACUGAACAGCAGCUGGUAGUCAUUCGCAGUCGUUUGGAUCAGAGUAUGGAAGAGGUUCAGGAGUUGAAGAGAGAACUGUUGCGCUGUAAGCAGGAGAUAAGAAACAUGCAAGGAGUCAAGGAGGCCCAGCAGCAGAGGCUGUGCACUCAGGAGGCUUCAAUACUGCAGAUGAAGCAAGAGCUUCUAAAAGCCAGCAUGACAAAGGAUGAACUCAAAAACAUGAAUGCAGAACUACAAUGGAAGCUGGAGGAAUGCAACAAGCUGUGGGGCGAAUGCAAGAAGGAGCUCGGACAGAAGGACAGAUUACUUCAGCAAUUCAAACACAAGCAUGAAGAAGGCCAAAAGCUUCAGACUGAGUUGGAGCAUAAAAACGGCAUGCUGCAGGAGCUACUGAUUAGAGAUCAUCAACAGUUUCCAGGCACAGAAAACAAUGGGUAUUCGGACUGUGGAAACUCAACUCCAUCUUUGUCGGAUGCAGAGGAGGUUCAGCUGCUCAAAGAUUCGCUGAGAAGUUUAAGGAACAGUUUCAGAGAGCACGGCCCACAGCACCACACCCUGGACACCCUGGAGCAGGGCAUUGUUUCACUCAUCGACAGACUGCAAGUUCUGCAUACGCACAGGGGAAGGGGGAAAUCUCCAAGACGCAAAGGUCAACACACGGACAUGGACUCCUGGCCUUCCUCAAAAAUGUCUCAACCCCACAGUGGUUCUUCUUCCUCUACAAAAAUCCUUUAUUUCACUGGAAAAUCUCCAACUCCUUCCAUGAUCAGUAUACCGAAAAGGCUCUGUGAAGUGACACUCAAAGAUGUUAAAACAGCUGUUGAUCGAGAGGGAAACUACAGGUACCACUUCAAGGCCCUGGAUCCUGAGUUUGGCACUGUGAAAGAGGAGGUAUUUUUGGAUGGAGCAAUUGUUCCAGGCUGGGAAGGAAAAAUAGUGGCAUGGGUAGAAGAAGACCGUGGUGAAGAAAGGCCAUUUUAGGUUCAAGAUGAUGGGCCAUGGCACUUUUAGUUUUUGUCCCAGGUCACUCUGAUCUCAGAGGAACAUCGAGGCAUCAGAUCUAAACAAAGGCACAUGUUGACACUUUUUUAGACUGGACCUUGUAGUAAAAUACUGUAAGACUUGUCAGCAAGAGAUUUGAUGGGCUGUUACUAAACCCGAUUAAUUAGCCCCACAACUGUAACUGAUGUCUUGAAUAUCAUACAACUCAGUGCCUUACAAAGUAAAGCUAUUCUCAUCAUGUACUUACCAGGCUGUAACUAUAAUAUCAAAACUAGACUCAAAAAGAUUUCAGAAACAUUAUUUCACUCACGGUAGUGUUCACAUUUCAAAUUUUUAAUUUCUUGUGCAUCACCACCAAAUUACAUGUGAAUGUAAAAUUAAUAUACAGUGUUAUCUCCUACAGCAAGAAAUACAGAAGACAAAAUGUUGGUUAAAAACAAAAAAACUGCACAGGAAAUAAAAUCAGCUUUGUUCUAGUUCAGCAUAAAGUUUGUCCACAUUCUGACCUGUUGCUGAUGGACUACACUGACCAGACUCCUACUACCUUUUCCAUUUUAUAUCAGCUGCCUAUGAUGGCAGUAAAAAAAAGGGGGGGUAAUAUUCAACAAUGUGUCCAAACAGGAAAAUAUACUGCAAAGACUAAAUAGGAUACAAAUCCAGAUUUGGGUUUUAAUAUAAGUCUAUGGAACACCAGCAUGCACUCAACUGAACCACUGCCAUGAUAUAAAAAUAAUACUGGAGCUUUUAUGUUCAUAUAGAAAAGCAGACCAACUGAAGUCUUUGUUUUGUAACUUGAUGAAAUGAUUUUGUACAUUUGUGUUUCCACCUUAUUCUUACACAUUUGCUGUCCAUGAAUUGUAUUUCUUAAAAGAGAGAUUAUGAGGUGAAAAUUCUCCUCUGCUCCUGUUGAAAACAUGCUGUCGAUGUGAAUUUAUGUCACACGUUUCAAGAUGUUUUUCCUGCAACUAAUACUUGUCUUGCUAUUUAUGGUGUGUACGUGUGUGUACGUAUGUUUGUGGACUGAAACAUGUUCUUUCACUCUACUUCUGCAAUCCCCGUUGGGAUCAGUGUGUUUGCCUUCAUUAAUAAGCCAACAGAAAUAUACAUCAGUCUAGACUUAUUUGAAUGCCACGACUGCCUGUACUGUAAAAUGUAGACAUUGCUGGUGAGAUGGUUAUUUAGCAUUUUUGUUUUGUUAUUAACUGAAACCUUAUGGAUGCUAUCUGUUUAUAUAGGAAUAGGAAUUACUAAUUUCCUUUGUUGAAUGUUAGACAGAUAUUGUGAAAUAAAUCAAGUCUUGAUUUUAAAAAUA